ACCCACGAUUAACGCAACCUUAACUGCCUCCAAUUCUUCGAGCCACAAGUUCGUGAAACCCGUUGUGCGCGCUGUACUGCAAUGCCCAAAAGAUCCGCGGGGUGCUUUGAGUGCAGGAAGCGAAAAGUCCGUUGCGAUGAGACCAAGCCCGAGUGCAAUACUUGUUUACGAAGAGGCACGAAAUGUCCAGGAUACAGGCCUCCGCAAUCGUUUAUUCUCCAUCAGUUCGACAACGAGACAGAGCGGCCGCAUUUGAUCAAAGAGGACGAGGAGCGCUACCGCUAUGCAUACCGAACGCCACAAGCGUUGGAGCCCACAUCUGCCCAUUCGUCGAGAAACAAUUCAUAUGGCACUCUGGUUGUUCAGGAGGAGCAGGCCCCUGCUGUCGAGCCAAAUGUGCCUAAACAGGUCAGCGUCAUAGCUGUGGAUCGCAUUCAGCACCUGGGGACUUUCAUUCGACUUUACCUACCAAGAGCUGAUGGUCCAGCUUUGCCGCCUCCAUCAGCCCUGAUGCUUGCGCUUCCAACCAUGCCAGCGAAUAGCCCGGUGCUGCUCGCUGCAAUAGAUGCACUAUCCGCUGCACAGCUUGCUGUAAAUGAUCGCGACCGUGCAUUAGUCAAUCGAUCUCGGUCAAUGUAUGGCGCAGCUCUGACCCAGAUGUUGAAGGCGAUUCAAGACCCGGUGUUGGCUGUGAAAGACGAGACCCUCCUGUCAACCUAUAUGUUGACAUUAUACGAGGUCUUUGUCGGUGUCACUCAAGGACACGGCUUCUUCUACCACGUACAAGGCCUGCUCCACCUGGUUAGACAACGUGGCCCAGCAUCCUUCACUACUCGAUUGAGCCUCCAGAUCUUCCAUGCGAUCCGCUACAACUCACUGAGUAUUGGCUACCACAUGCGCAAAGCCUCAUUACUAGACAGCCCCGAAUGGCUUACUGUGACCGCACGCUCCGCCAAAACAGACCCCUAUGUCGCUUUGAACGACAUCUGCAUUUGCAUCCCGCGGCUCCUGGAACGCACCGACAAAAUCGGCACCCCGGACUGCCCGCCAACUGAACUCGACUCCAUUAUCGAAGACUCGCAAAAGCUCGCCAACCGGGCCUUUGAAUGGCUCUCAGAUUUCGAAAAAUACGGCCCGCGCUACGACAGAGUGGACAUUGCCUCGAUGGAAGCGUUCCUCGAGUCCAUCUGCCCGGACCGCGUGUUCGACCCCGUAUUCAACUUCCACUACUUCGGUGCCGGCAUCUGCUACAUGAUCUACUGGAUGAGCAUGCUGAUCAUGCAGUCCAACACGUUCAAGCUGCUGCGCACCCACCGCGCGCUCGAGCCCAAGCAGCUCAUGAUGUGGGGCCGCCAGCUCGCGGGCUACGCUGACAGCAUCUGCAUGAGCGUGCCGUUUCACUGCCGCCCGCAGACGGGGUACACGGCCAAGUUUGGCAGUCUGACGCCGCUGGUGGUGGCAAGGAAGUUCUAUGAGAAUGCGCCUGGUAUGCAGGCCAAGGCGGAGUGGUGCGCGAAGGUGUAUGUUGUUGCGCGCGUGCCCGGGCUGUAUCAGGAGGCGCCGGUGCCGCUGGAGCCGUUCAAGGCGGUGCAGACCACGGUGCAGGCGGGGACUAAGAAGUAUAUCUAGGUGAUGUGUAAUACGGGCGCCUGGUGGCGGAGACGGUGGUGUUUCCUUGGCUGGGAGGCUGCCGGGAGUACGAAGUAGUUUGAAGGCGCAGUGCAUGCGUGUAAUCAAACAAGUCUAGUCACGCCUACCAUUACCUUCUUCUGGCCAACCUCUC